AUGCGCGGCGCUUUAGUACUUCUUGUCGUGACGGCGACCUCGUCUGCCAGUGCGCUUUCACUUCAUAAGCGCGAUUCCCCGGCUGUCGUGAAGCUGCCUGUGCAGCGCAGGCAAGCUGCCCAGACUAUUCAAAAAAGAGAUUCCACUCUAGGUGUAACUAUCUCAAACAACCAACAAUUAAGCUAUCUAGUAAACCUGACCCUGGGUUCACCGCCGCAGACAUUUUCACUUACUCUGGAUACUGGUAGUAGUGAUUUAUGGGUGAACGUGGCGAAUUCGUCCAUAUGCUCAGGUGGAAAUGACCCCUGCAAGCCAUUUGGCUUGUACAACUCCAGUGCUUCGUCCACAUAUAAGGGCUUGGACCUUGCAUUCAACGCCACAUACGGGGACGGCUCCAAUUCCUAUGGCUCCUAUGCGACGGAUACCCUGGGGCUGGGAAAUUCAACAGUCGAUAAUUUCCAAUUCAUAGUUGCCGAAUCAUCUACUAUUCCGCAGGGUAUCGCUGGUGUUGGAUACAAAAUCUCCACAUACGCGGCCGAUCACGAAAACAAGACAUAUGACAACCUGCCAUAUGCUCUCGCUGCUAGUGGUGCCACUAAAUCUGCUGCUUAUAGUUUGUGGCUAAAUGAUAUAAGUGCUGCUACGGGCACCAUCCUAUUCGGAGGUGUAAACAAAGCUAAAUACAAGGGCGAACUUCAGACGCUUCCUAUCGUUCCAGUGUAUAACCAGUAUUACUCCCUUGCUAUUGCUUUGACCGAGGUCUCCGUGCAAACCAGCUCCCAAUCCAAAAGUUACACGAACAAUCUUCCACUGGCGGUAUCACUCGAUACAGGCACCUCCUUCACAGCAUUGCCCGAAGCACUUGUCAACAACAUCUACAAGGAUCUGGAUGUGACAUAUGAUGAAAAAGCUGCAGCAGCAUAUAUUGACUGCAAUGCGGUUGAAAAGGACUAUAACGUGACAUAUAACUUCUCCGGCGCACAGAUCACCGUCGCCAUCAGCCAAUUGAUCUUGAACGGCACCGAGGCUGGUUUCCCCAAGGGGACUUGUGUAUUUGGUAUUGUGCCCAGUGCCGCGGGACUGAACCUCUUAGGAGAUACCUUUCUUCGUAGUGCUUACGUUGUCUACGAUCUCGAAAACAAUGAGAUUUCCCUUGCAAACACAAACUUCAACCCCGGUGACGAUGACAUCCUGGAGAUAGGCACUGGAUCCAGUGCAGUGCCAGGUGCGACUCUGGUACCUUCUGCCGUUUCAACUGCUACGGGAAACGGCGCUGCGACGGCAACUAACAGCGCGAUUGUGUCGACCGUCCCUGUAGGCUCGACUGGAACGAGUUCGGGAAGCAGUGGCGCUACCUCUACUGCAAGCGCUGCACACAGCGCUGCUUCGACGAGUACUUCUUCUGGGCUGGCAACCUUCCCCACGAGCAACGCAAAACAUCUUCUUUCUGGUCUUGCUGGUGCUGGUCUCCUCCUUGUAGUAUAG